UCAGUUCGAGCUCGGCGUGUAGCCGGUUCGCGCGCGACCGACUCUUGCGUACUGCGCCAGCGUGUGUUUUACUUAUACUCUCUCUCUGUUGUUGUUUCUCUCGAUCGCGGGGAGAGAAAAAGAAAACCUUCGGGAUUUACACACACACAUCGAGGCUCUUCUCGCUGUUCUCGUGUGCGGAGGGUGAGAGCUUUGUCGCUUCGUGGAAAGACAACGCUUCGACGCUGCUGGCGGCGAAGCAUAUCUAUCUCGAUCCGGACAGAUAUAGAAAGGUACCGGCGAACGGCGAUGUAAAGGGUGUCGUCACAAUGGUGUGAGCCUCGAGCUCGAAGACAAGUGCACUGCAGCCCGCCGAAACUUCUUCCUCCUGUAUAUCUGGGAGAGUAGACACUUACACGCUAACAUCCUGUUGCUCGGUGCGGUUAUUAAGUGAUUGUUAAGCGCUGCUGUGUGCUACUGAUUGUUCCCGAUAAAAGCAGCGUCGGUGUUCUCGUUCUGGUGUGUUGUUGUGCGGGAAUUACACGGGGCCCUGGACACAGGCGGAAGUCCGUUGGCGUCGUCGUCUGGGCCUUAUUAGCCUGUCGCCGGCUCUCCUCAAUGCUGGGCGUGCUUAAACGUCGCUGGAAGCCUUCGAAAAGGGCUUCCAGCGGCCGAGGAGGAGCCGACUCGCCCUUAAGCUCGGACUUGGCGCUCGACAAGCCCCGUCCCGCACCGUCGCCCAGACAAAUUCACCCUCUGUACGGGGAGAAGACAGGGCUCCUCGGCUACUGCGACACGGUCGGCAACGUAGAGAACUUCCCGCCAGCCCCCAAUAUCGUCGUGGAGGGUGGUAGGAUCGAGUUCGUGCGCCCCUCGCAAGAUGGCAGCUCCAUAUCCCGGAAGAACACCAUCUCCAGGAGCUCGCAGACGUUCGUCGAGCAGAUGGAGAAAUCGGAUCCUCUCAAGGAGAGUUUGGAAAUACGAAUCCAGGAACUGGAGCAAGUUUUGCAUGCCGAGAGACUCGCCGCGCAACGAGAUCGUGCCACGAUUACGAAGCUACAGCGUCAAGCAAACAAGAGAGAAGCUACACAGCGCGAUGUUCUGGAACGGGAGAGACGGCAGCGAAUGGAGGCCGAAGCCCGAGUGCGAGAGGCCACGGCCGAGGCCGAACGCGCUUGCUCCAGGGUUCAUCAACUCCAGAGAGAACUCGCCAGAAUGGAGGAGAACUCGAAAGGGCUGCUGCAGCACAAGCAGCGCGCCGAGCAGCUGAAGCAGGAGAAGAGUGCUCUUACGCUCUCCUACGAGGCUCGCAUCCAACAGUACCAGAGCCAGGUGUCGAAGCUGCAGCUGGAGAACGAGUCGAUGCGCGGACAGCUGCGCGGCCUGGAGGCUGCCUGCGCGGGGGAGGUGCACGCGGCCCUGGUGGCACGUCUGGCCACCCUCGAGACCGAGCACGUCGCCUUGGCCCGUGACGCGGACGCGCAGCGACGACAGUACGAGCGCUGCCUCGACGACGUCGCCAACCAGGUGGUCCGAGCGCUUCUCUCGCAAAAGGGCCUGAGAGAGGAGAUCGGCGCGCUGCAGAGACGCAUCCGCGAGCUGGAGGCGCAGAACCGAGCGCUCUCGGGUCUCCUGGCGCAGGCAGCGAGUCCAGGCACGCCGAGCGAGCUGGUCCAGGGCGUCCUCGAGGCGGGUCCAGCGGCUCUGCUCAGCGCACUCGGCCUCGACUCCUCGUGGAUCCCCCUGAGCAGGCCUCGCUCUCUGAACCUGCAGAUCCCGGUGAUGGCCAGCGCCAAGUGUCGUCGCGCCCGGCCACUGGCCAACCAGAAGCAGCCGGACCAGGAGGAGGGCAGCGAGAGCCCCGAGAGCGGCAACAGGGACGAGGGCUACUCGACCAUGUCCAGCGACGUCCAAGCCGAGGGGGCGAGACAGGAGCCGGCUCGCGGUUUGGAGGACCUGAAGGAGGCCAGCGACGAGACGGAGGCAGACCUGUCGCCCGACGCCAGGCUCGUCUCCCUCGAUGCCGGCGAUCCGGACGUACUGUUCCUCCCGCUGAACCUCACGCUGGGACUCAACCCGAGGCACAGCUAUCCGCCGACCAAAGACCUACUGCAGCAGGGAUACGGCAACUACCAGCACGUCAUGAGGAGCUUCAGCGACAGCCACCUGUGCUUGAAGCUCACGGCUACGGCGAACAUCGCGUCGUACCCCAUCGCCAGUCCGGCCGGAGGCUCGUCGUCGCUGCUGCUGGUCGAGGAGGACGGAUGGGACGCCGAGUAUGUGCAGCAGUGGCUCAGGCUGGACGACUCGCGAAGCGCGCAGCAGCACCGCGACCUCCUAGAGCUGGAGUACGACCAAGCGGAGCUCGAGGACUGGAGUUUCUCCCUGUCCUCGGAAGACUUGGCCCCGAGCGACAGCAGCAAUACGGCGCCCCAGUGGAAGGAGCCCGCGCUGACCCCAGCCCUCCCGGCGAUCAAGGAGCACAACCAGCUCGAGCUCGAGGAAGACGCGAGUGAGUGUCUGUGGAACGGCGCGAGCUACCUGUCCGACCGAGCCGGCGGCGAACUCGUCGCUCUGCUGAUGGACAGUCGAAGCGCCGGUCCCUGGCCCUACGCCUCGAGUCCGGGCGCUUCCUGGAGCAGCGACGAGGCCGGCAUGGACUGCUGCAACAGCUCGAGCAAGAGGUCGUCGGCCGCGCUCUCCGGAUGCAGCGACGAGCCCGACUCGCCGUCGGUCGGCACGGACUUCACCAGGGACUUCUAUCGGCUGGUCAAGUUCGAGAGCACCAAGAGUCUCGCGAGCACCUCCUCGAGGGGCGGGAAAACUUUGCCGGACAGGGAGCAGGCGCUGCAGAGCGUGCUUUCCUUCAUCGCCGAACAGCAGAUCUACCUCGCCGAGAUGCCCAGCGAUCCUGGCGCUCGACCCUUCUCCGCCGACCCAGCGGACGCAACGCCGGAUGCCGUCAAUUCGGACGAUAUGUCGGACGAAGCGAAGGACGGCUUCACGGAAAAGUCGAACCAAGACCUGCUGGACGAGAUACCCGUGCCUCCUAUGGCUCCGGAGGAGAGGAUCGUCAGCGCGGUCGCCUGUAACGGUGGCGUUUCCUACACCAGUGUUCAGCCCUCGGAGCUCGGCGCUGUUCCCGAGGAGGAUGAGGAAGCCGCGACCUCGUCGACGCCGAGCACAGUUGUCAGUCCGGCCAGAGCCUCCGUGUUCGUCGAGGGCAGAGAUCGCUCUCUGAGCUUCCACGAGCGCGCCACCUCCAAAGACGUGAUAGACGAGCUGAACAGGAUGAUCCGAAGCGGAGACGACAAUCCCUCUAGGCAGGACUCCCACGUGGCCUUGGAAAAGCUCGACCUCGCCUGCUGCUGCCCGACCGGCUGGGUUCAUGUCGAACGGGACAUCGACUUUACCGACCCAAAGGCUAGAGCUAAUCUAUUGGACGUGAUGCUGGCCAGCAGCGAAAGCUCGUCGGCGACCUCCAGCAGCGGCUCGGCGGGCAGUGAUUCGGGCGACGAGCCCACCGACUAUCGGCACCUGCACAGACUCCAUCGAUAUCGGCGCCAAAAGAAAGCAGACAGGUUAAAACCGAAAGAGAGAGACCUAAGUGACAGAUGCAUCCACGGAGGAACAAUUGGAUAAGACGGGGUGCGUGAGAAAAAAACGAACGUACGCAAAAUUGUAAUAGGCAAUGAAAUGGAGAAAGAGAGAAGGCAAAUAAUACUUGUAAGAGAGCUAAGCCAAGCUACUCUCAGUGUUUGCUAGCGCUGCUAAAUAUACAGAAGUUGGCAAGUAUCCUAAAAGCAAGCUGUACAUACGAAUGAUAGUUUCUAUCGAAAAGCAUAUUUUCUUACGAUACACGUGUACUUACUCGUUUUUUAAAUCAAACACAAUAGCGCGGGAAGCGAACAAUCAAAAUAUUUUUCAAUCAAAUCAAACACCGGCCUAAACGAGAAGUUUCAUUUGUCAUUCCUCUUUUUGAUACGAAAGUCGUGUACUCGAACGAUAACUUGCCAACUUGUGGUUGCUGUAAAAAAACUGCGAGAAGCUAGUAACUAGAUGAGCGAGUAAAAGAUUGAGAGCGGAAUAAGCAGGCUUGGUUUCUCCAGCGUCGGCAGUCCAGGCCCAGCGUGUACUACGGCUACCCUCGAACUGGGGCUCGGCGAGGCCCUCGAUCAUCGGUCGAGGCGGUGAGUUCUUCGUGCGCUACGGCGACAAGGAGCGCGAGGCCGUAGCCUCCUUCGACUUCCUCAACGACAUUCCCGUGGUGCAACACCGUUACAGCGCUGUCGGCUCCUCGGACUCGGAGCUGACGAGCGGUAGCCUCCCGGACCUCGUCGACUCGCCAGACCGCAUGAAAGUCUCGCCGCUGUGAAGGAUCCGCUGCUGCCACAGCUGAUAUCGUGAUGUCCUGGACAAGCGAUCGAUAUUGUGAUUUUAUCAUUUUUUAAUAAAAAAGAGAGAGCUAUGGAAAGAGGAUGUUGAAGCGACGACGAUAGAGUAUAGAUUUAAGCGACUUCUGAGAGAAAUUGCGUGCAGUUGGCUCGGUCCGUGAUCGAGUCCACGUGCGAGAAUGUGAGAGUAAUUCUUUUGUACUGAUGUGACGCGGCUGCAGUUUUUAACGACUUGUAAGAUAGAAAAAAGAAACUACAUACUUAAGAGUAACUACGUCCUCAUACGUAAAACGAACUAGUUAGCCGAAUUUCAUCCCAUGAGUAUAAAGUGCGCCUUAUGCAUUUAUUUAUUAUUAUUUUUAUCAUCCUAUUCACGGCAUCGCUGUACGAUCUAUUUAUUUAUAAAGAGUAUGCAUAUAUAUACACAUUAUUUUAUAUUACACUCGGAACAAACUGUGCACGUGAAUGAUUUAUCUAUUUUUUUUGUCCUCGAAGGAUAGAAUUCAGCAUAACUCUUGACUCGUUUUACGCAAUUUCAUUCACCGGAGUGAAUGUACGACGAAAUUCGUAAAUUAAUCUAUAUUUUUUAGCAUCGAGAUGUAGGAAUAAUAAACGCCUAGCGCAUAUUUUUAUUUAUUACGAGUACUUUCUUUACUUUGACAGAUCGUUAUUUAUUGAAAACCAUCUCAUAAGGGAUUCUCAGUAUCAACUUCAAUCAAACAAAGAUUGUAAUCCAAAUAUGAAUUUCACGAGUAUAUGAAACCUGCGUAUAACUUUAAUAUUUAUUCGUUUCGAGUCACAUUUGUAAACUUAUACAGAAACAUGUUCCUUCAUUGAGUCUUGUCCUUUAAAUAUUUUUUCAUUUGUAUUUCUGUACUUUAAGAAAGGACACUCAACUCUAACUUUCCUUACUAUGCAAGAAGUCAACCGAUGAAAUUUGAAAAAAAAUUGAAAACUAUUUAACAGUAAUGUACUCUUGAAAUAAUAUUUUGUAGUCGAUAGUAAGUGUCUUAGUGAAAAGUACGUAUUACAAAAGAAGCGAAAGUAAUAGACUCAACUUGUGCGAACAUCAUGCAGUACACCCCAAGAAACUUACUUUAGCUUGGAAAAAUAUUUACAGUUGGUCAAAUUACUACAAUAGUUUCACUAACUAGUACAUAAUGUUUACUAUUUACUCAUAGCAUUGUGAGUUGAAAGAAUGGAAAUACCUAUUUUACAUUACAUGUUAGGCACGAUAAAUAGUUUGGAGGUAUAUUGAAAACAAUAUUAAAUUUUUAAAGGCCGUGGCUUACAGAACCCACUUUAAAAAGCGAACACUUUGUUGAUGAAGUAUGCUUUAUCUAUUAUGAGUUGCUUAGCAUGCCAAAUUUUUCCAAACGCGAAGCAUAAGUACAUGAGUAAUAGUGAUAAAGUGCGUAAUUUAUUCUGAAUUUCGUAGCAGUUAAUAACAGUAUGAAAGUUAGAUAUUUUUUGAGUACAAACUCAGUUACUUUAUAAUCAGCUGAUUCUGAGUACGAAACAAAAUUUGUAAAUAGUAUGUAUAAUAGAGAACAGAUGUAAGUUAUACCUUAUCUUAAACUUAAUAAAUAACGACAAUAUACUUA